AACCUGUGUUCUCACCAUUACGCUCCGGCUAUUGAGUGCAUGUCGAGGAAUGAGAGGCUCUAGUGUGUGCAGGAAAGCCAUUCCUCUGGCCAUGUCCAAAGCAAACUUCACAGCUUGGCUCUGGUCCACAACGAAAUCUAAGGAGGCAAGAGCCAGUAGUUCAAGAGAUUUCCACCCUGAUUCUAGCCCUUCCCCAGGGAGAAUAGCUUUCCUACUCACUGGUGCCUUCGUGUAGCACAUUGUAGAGAGAUCCAUAGGGCAUCCAGUGUGUGAUGAGAGUAGGGUGAGGAGCAGGCGGAGACUGGCAGGCACCGAGCACUGGGAGCACGUUCGGAUGGGAGAAAAUCCUGGCAGAGGGAAAAAGUGCCCCCGCUGAGGCCCAGAAUAAAGGCUCUCCCAUUUCACCUAGGGCUUCUUGGAAGUAACAGCUUUGAGUUUAGUCUUGUCCCACCUGAGCCGGGGACACUCCUCAUUGAAGUCCCUGCUUUUCCUUGUACUCCAGUCUCGAACCUUCAGCACCUUCAUGACAAUGUCAUUGCCCUGCCAGCGGCCUUUCCAUAGCUGAAGGACAGGCAGAGGUUAGGACAUGUUAACUAAGGCCACCAUUUCAUUGUCCACUGGAAGAAAAACCUUAAGAGGUACAAAGUUGAUAGUCUGGGGGUUAGGAGGACGGGCAAGAAGGGCAGGGAUCACCUCUCCAGAAUGAUUCUCGUUGAGCUUUGCCAGAAAGUUGAGCUGUUUGAAGUCAAUACCGGAGUGUUUGUUCAGGGUGCCAUUUCCUGAGAAUGAGGGCAGGUCAGGAACCCAGCUUUGCCCAGCCCCAGCCCCCAGAGCCCAGGAUGAUUCUUUUACAAUCCCUCCCCCACUACAGUGACUCACGGGGACGGGUGCGGGUGGUCCCCUUCCAGAACGUGUCCUUGUAUGGAAUACGGUUGAGGUUCUGGCCCAUCUUCUCUGCCCGUUCUGGAGGGGGGAGGGGGGACACUCUUAUCCUGAGUUGUGGUAUAGAGGGAAGAGAUAGGCAAGAAGAGAAAAGCCAGGGGUAGGGAUGGACCUCGGAGAAGCUCUCUCAGUGGCGCCUUGGCUUUGUCCACAGGCAUCUCUCCAUACUUGUUACAGAUGCUGACAAGAGCCCCGUUAGCCACCAAGUCCUGGCAAGGAAAAACAGCUGUGAUGAAGGUUGCAACCUUCCUGUCAGUGGUCCCAGCCAGCCACGAGCACACUGGCAUAGUGCAUAACUGUCACGUAGUAGUAGGGCUGACAGGACAGACUGAAGGUUCCAUAAUCAUUUGGUUUCCCCCUUCUGGAUUGAAGCUUGAGUACUUACCUCUGCAACUUGGUCUUGGCCCCAGAAACAAGCAUAGUGCAGGGGCACAUUCCCGUGUUCAUUCACUGCAUUGAUGUCAGCCUUGUACUGCAACAGCUGGGCCCAGUGACCAACAAAAAGAAGCAGAGGGCACAGUCAGGCCCCAGAUGAGGUGCUGGUGUGCAGGCACAGGAAAGCGGGGAACGGCUCACAUUCCCCAGUACACGCUCCAGUGCCUGUGGCCGACCUCACAGCUGUCUGUGCUGCGGGGAGAAGUCUGCAUACCUUCUGCACAAUAUCACGGUGACCGUGGCUGGCUGCCAGGUGCAGGGGGGUAUCAUCCCCACGGUUCAUCACGUUGAUCCGUGCUCCCCGCAUGAUGAGCAUCUCAACCACAGCAGAGCGGCCCUCUCGGCAGGCCCAGUGCAAAGGAGAGAAGCCAUGAUCGUCCCUUUAGGGAAAGAGGCAGUGCUCAGUGAGCUGGAGCCAGGAGGAACAAAGGGCCGCAAGCGCCGUCAGCUCUUGGCCACCUUACAAGCCCUGGAAGCAGCAUCUCUUUCCCAGCAACCGCCCAGCCUACUUGGCAGUGACUCUGAGGAGGAGGAAGGAAGGAAGAAGAAAAGGCCCCCAAAGGCCUCAAUUGCCAGUGCCUCUGAUGAAGUAGGGAAAAAAAGGAAAAAGAAAUGCCAAAAGCAGGGUCCAUCUCUCAGUAACUCUGAGGAUAAGGAAGAAGUGAAAAGGAAGAGAUGCCAUAAACAAGCUCUUCCUGGUGCUGAAGAAGAGGGAAGAAAGAGGAAAUGCCAGAAAUGUGCCCCUUCAAACACAACCCAGCCCCUGGGCAAGGCUGACCGCACAGCUCAUGAAGCCUGGAAGAGUAAUUCUACAAAUGGCCCACCCAAGCCAAGCCCGGAGUCCACUUCCUCUAACCCUCCACAUCUCUUGAGCCGUAAACAGUGGCGGAACCGGCAAAAAAAUAAACGGAGACACAAGAACAAAUUCCGGCCACCUCAAACACCAGAACAUGUUCCUGCUAAAGCUUCCACAGAGGAGACAGAGGUACCUCCUGCUCCAAAGCCAGAUAGCCAAGAGACUAGAGCUGAGGCUCUUAGAGCACGCAUGACUCAACGGCUAGAUGGGGCCCGAUUUCGUUACCUCAAUGAGCAGCUGUACUCGGGGCCCAGCAGUGCUGCGCAGCGCCUCUUCCAGGAAGACCCUGAGGCUUUUCUCCUCUACCAUCGUGGCUUUCAGAGUCAGGUGAAGAAGUGGCCACUGCAUCCAGUAGACCGCAUUGCCAAGGAUCUCCGCCAGCGGCCUGCAUCCUUGGUGGUGGCUGACUUCGGCUGCGGAGAUUGCCGCCUGGCUUCAAGUGUGCGGAACCCCAUGCACUGCUUUGACCUGGUCUCUCUGGACCCCAGAGUCACUGUAUGUGACAUGGCCCAGGUGCCUCUGGAGGAUGAGACCGUGGAUGUGGCUGUGUUUUGCCUUUCGCUGAUGGGAACCAACAUCAGGGACUUCCUAGAGGAGGCAAAUCGUGUGCUGAAGCCAGGGGGUGUCCUGAAGGUGGCUGAAGUCAGCAGUCGCUUUGAGGAUGUCCGAACCUUUCUGGGGGCUGUGACCAAGCUGGGCUUCAAGGUUGUCUCCAAGGACCUGAGCAAUAGUCACUUCUUCUUGUUUGAUUUUGAAAAGACUGGGCCACCUCGAGUAGGUCCCAAGGCUCAGCUUUCAGGCCUGAAGCUUCAGCCAUGCCUCUACAAGCGCAGGUGACCUCUGGAUAGCCCUUGAAAGGGUGGCAGGGCUCAAACUCCAAGCUUAGAGCUCUGAAGACUGGAUCUCCUCAUACUAGCUGCUAUGCCAAGAGCAAUGUGACAAAGCCCUGCCUGGCUCAGCUCUACUUGAAUGAAACGUGAUGUCACUCGGCAAGCUAAAGAACGAGUUCUGCGUGAGAACUGGCUCACCUGAGGUGUCGUGAGAGCUAGAUGGUUUACAGUGGAAGGAUCGCUGGGUUUGGUUCCUCUUUUCAUCUCUCAGGAGGCACAUUGUCCUCGCCUUUGCACUCCGCUGUCUUCUCUUCCCCAUCCAGCCUCUGCUCACCGUGGGUUCUGUUCCUUCCUCUCCAAGACUGAAGACGGGCAGCUUUUUCUGAUUCCAAUCCUGGCUCGGCACUUGAAGCUGGGAGUCACUCAAUUUUUGAAUAUUCUCCUCAAUUUGAAAAAUGAGGAAAAUGAUAAAAGUUCUUGUCAUAUAGUAUUGUUGUGUGGGUUCACUGGGGAAAUCUAUAUAUAAACUAGCUAUGGCUAUUA